GAAGCUAUGCUCCUUCCCCUUUUGGUUGGUCUCCUGUCACCAUGGCGCUGGUAGUCUUGCGGGUCCUGGAGCCUUUCCCGACCGAGACCCCCGCGUUGGCAGUGCUGCUGCCGCCCGGGGGCCCGUGGCCUGCAGCGGGGCUGGGCUUGGUGCUGGCCCUGCGGCCUGCAGGGGAGAGCCCGGCCGGGCCGGCGCUGCUGGUGGCGGCCCUGGAGGGGCCGGGCGUGGGGACCGAAGAGCAGGGUCCCGGGCCCCCGCAGUUGCUGGUCAGCCGCGCGCUGCUGCGGCUCCUGGCCCUGAGCUCCGGGGCGUGGGUGCGGGCGCGGCCCGUGCGGCGGCCCCCGGCGCUGGGCUGGGCGCUGCUUGGCACCUCGCCGGGGCCCGGGCUCGGACCGCGAGUCGGACCGCUGCUGGUGAGGCGCGGAGAGGCCCUGCCAGUGCCCGGACCGCGGGUGCUGGAGACGCGGCCGGCGUUGCAAGGGCUGCUGGGCCCGGCGACGCGGCUUGCUGUGAUUGAGCUCCGUGGGCGGGCCAAACUGGGUCCAGAGACUAGGGACAGCAGCCGGCCCCCACCCCCGCCCGUGGUGUCCUCCUUCGCGGUUUCUGGCACAGUCCGGCGACUCCGGGGAGUUUUGGGAGGGACUGGAGAUUCACUGGGGGUGAGCCGGAGCUGUCUCCGUAGCCUCGGCCUCUUCCAGGGCGAAUGGGUGUGGGUGAGCCGGGCCGGAGAGUCAUCGGACACUUCCCAGCCACACUUGGCCACGGUGCGGGUCCUUGAGCCUCGCUGGGACCUCCCUGAAAGGCUGGGACCCGGCUCUGGGCAGCUGGGAGAGCCCCUAGCUGACGGAUUGGCCUUCGUGCCUGCCCCUCUGGCUUUUAAUCUCGGCUGUGAUCCCCUGGAAGUGGGAGAGCUCAGAAUUCAGAGGUACUUGGAAGGUUCCAGCGCCUCUGAAGACAAAGGAAGCUGCUCAGUGCUGCCUGGGCCUCCGUUUGCCAAAGAGUUACACGUCGAAAUUGUGUCCUCUCCCCACUACAGCAGUAACGGAAAUUAUGACCACGUUCUUUACCGGCACUUUCAGACACCCAGGGUAGUCCAAGAAGGGGAUGUUCUCUGUGUGCCAACAGUGGGGCAAGUAGAGAUCCUGGAAGGAAGCCCAGAGAAACUGCCCAGGUGGCGGGAGAUGUUUUUUAAAGUGAAGAAAACAGUUGGGGAAGCUCCGGAUGAGCUGACCAGCGCCUACCUGGCUGACACCACUCAUACCUCCUUGUACUUGGUGGGUGCUACCCUGAGCCGUGUUCCAAGGCUCCCUUCAGAAGAAUCCACUCCCUGGAGCAGCUUGUCUCCUCCGGGCCUGGAGGCCUUGGUGACUGAGCUCUGUGCUGCCCUGAAGCCUCGCCUCCAGCCAGGGGGUGCCCUGCUGACAGGAACUAGCAGUGUCCUUCUACGGGGCCCCCCGGGCAGUGGGAAGACCACAGCAGUCGCUGCAGCCUGCAGCCGCCUUGGGCUCCACUUACUGAAGCCACGUCUGCCACUUGCUCACAGACCCUCCGGGACCACCCCCAUCCAGGUGCCCUGCUCUAGCCUCUGUGCAGACAGCAGUGGGGCUGUGGAGACAAAACUGCAGGCCACCUUCUCCCGGGCCCGGCGCUGCCGGCCUGUGGUUCUGUUGCUGACAGCCGUGGACCUUCUGGGCCGGGACCGUGACGGGCUAGGUGAGGACGCCCGUGUGGUGGCCACGCUGCGUCACCUCCUCCUCAAUGAGGACCCCUUCACCAGCUGCCCUCCCCUGAUGGUUGUGGCCACCACAAGCCGGGCUCAGGACCUGCCUGCUGACGUGCAGACAGCGUUUCCUCACGAGCUAGAGAUGCCUGUGCUGUCAGAGGGGCAGCGGCUCAGCAUCUUGCGGGCCCUCACUGCCCACCUCCCCCUCGGCCAGGAGGUGAACCUGGCACAGCUGGCACGGCGGUGUGCUGGCUUUGUGGUAGGGGAUCUCUAUGCCCUUUUGACCCACAGCAGCCGGGCAGCCUGUGCCAGGAUCAAGAAGUCGGGUUUGGCAGGCGGCUGGAGUGAGGAGGAUGAAGGGGAGCUGUGUGCUGCCGGCUUUCCUCUCCUGGCUGAGGACUUCGGGCUGGCACUGGAGCAGCUGCAGACAGCUCACUCCCAGGCCAUCGGAGCCCCCAAGAUCCCCUCGGUGUCCUGGCACGACGUGGGCGGGCUGCAGGAGGUGAAGAAGGAGAUUCUGGAGACCAUUCAGCUCCCUCUAGAGCACCCUGAGCUGCUGAGCCUGGGCCUGAGGCGCUCAGGCCUUCUGCUCCACGGGCCUCCUGGCACUGGGAAGACCCUCCUGGCCAAGGCAGUAGCCACUGAGUGCAGCCUUACCUUCCUCAGCGUGAAGGGGCCUGAGCUCAUCAACAUGUACGUGGGCCAGAGCGAGGAGAAUGUACGGGAAGUGUUUGCCAGGGCCAGGGCUGCGGCUCCAUGCAUUAUCUUCUUUGAUGAGCUGGACUCCUUGGCCCCGAGCCGGGGGCGAAGUGGAGACUCUGGAGGUGUGAUGGACAGGGUGGUGUCUCAGCUCCUGGCCGAGCUGGAUGGGCUUCACAGCACUCAGGAUGUGUUUGUGAUUGGAGCCACUAACAGACCAGACCUCCUGGACCCAGCCCUUCUGCGGCCUGGAAGGUUUGACAAGCUGGUGUUUGUGGGGGCGAGCGAGGACCGGGCUUCCCAGCUCCGUGUUCUGAGCGCCAUCACACGCAAAUUUAAGCUAGAGCCCUCUGUGAGCCUGGUGAACGUGCUGGAUCGCUGCCCUCCCCAGCUGACGGGUGCAGACCUCUACUCCCUCUGCUCUGAUGCCAUGACAGCUGCCCUCAAACGCAAGGUUCGGGACCUGGAGGAAGGGCUGGAGCCCGGGAGCUCCGCACUGCUGCUCACCAUGGAGGACCUGCUGCAGGCCGCUGCCCGGCUGCAGCCCUCGGUGAGCGAGCAGGAACUGCUCCGGUACAAGCGCAUCCAGCGCAAGUUUGCUGCCUGCUAGGAGCCUCCUGCAGCCUGGGCCUCCCCACGAUGGCUACAGCACUUACUGGAGUCAGGCGCUCUACAAACGUGCAUUAAUCCUCAUGGUAACCCUGUGAAGUAGAUGGUGUUAUCCCACUUGAGAGGGGCAAACUGAGGCUCCUGGAAGUCAGGUGACCUGUGCACAGGAGGUAGUAUGGUAUGGUGGUAUAGAGCACUGGCCAGACCCUACCUGCCCUGGGUCUGUUUCUCCUCUCCACAAGAGGAGGAUCCUUGACUGUCUGAGGCGGAAUUUCCACAGCUGUAAAUGGGAUAUCACCACCCUAACCCUAGCCCUAACCCUCGUGGGAUUUUAUGAGGAUUUUUGAAACGGAUGUAUCAAAAGCUUCGGGCACAGCACUUGGCACGAGCAAAAGUGAACAAAUGUGAACUGUUACGGCUGCCCAAGACCAUCACACAGGAGCAAUGUUCGGGCCAGGACCCAGGCUUACAUGGUCUGGCCCCAAAGCCGGCUCUGGCGCUGCCGGGGCGAACCGGCCUCCCCACCGCGCUGUGCCCACGCCCCCGCUCUCACCCUGGGCCUCCUCAGCCCCCUCCUCCCGCCAGCCUCGCCCAGGCCCUCGCCCUGCCCGUUCUGCCCGGGCAGACACCCUCUCCCGGCCCUGGCAGCCCGCCCGGCCCAGCUCCAGGCCGGCGAAGGAAGCUGCUCGGACGGGCUCGGCCGUGGUCCUGCGGUCCGGCCCGGGCCGAGCCAGACCCCGCUCCCCCGUCCCACUGGCCCCUUCCGGGCUCACCCGGUGCCGCAAGCCACGUCGAGCACCCGCUGGCAGCCGUGCUGACGCAGCAGGCCGAUCAGCCAGGCCUUGUACUCGGCCGUGCGGCUGCGGGUGUCCCCGACGUAGAGCUGCCACACGCGCGCCGCCUCGCCGUCCGCGUACUGG